AUGUACGUCGAGAGCCUUGAGCCAGAGAAGGUCACGCAACCCUACCCUCUGGUGCUCAUCCAUGGUGACUUCCACAGUGGAAAGGUCUGGCUGGAUAAGCCAGAUGGAAGCCCGGGAUGGGCAGCCUACUUCUUGAAGCAAGGCUAUCACGUCUACCUGGUGGACUUGCCUGGAGUUGGAAGAUCCGGAAAGCAUCCCUCGUCCACGGGAGGCAACGUGGCGAAGCUGAGCUCCCUCACGCCUCAAACCGUGGAGCAAGAGCUUACCUGCCCGGAGAAGUACCCUUGGCAUCAGGCGAGUGCUUGGGAAACCGUUGCUCGUCAUACCCAGUGGCCAGGUGAUGGUCGUCAGGGAGACCCGAUUUUCACUCAGUACAUGGCAUCCGUCACCGUCCUUGAGACUGAUCCCCAGGAGGCACUUUCCGCCCUGCUUCAGAGAACAGGAAAAGCAAUCCUUAUCGGCGAGGGGACUGGAUGCAUUAUGUCUUGGCUAACAACAGAUGUGAUGUAUGGCCUGGUCGCUGGAGUCCUAAGUAUUGAACCUUCCGGGCCACCUUUUGGGAGCGCUCGGAGCAGAGGCAGACUCUAUGGUCACCGUGCUGUGUUUGAUCCAGAGGUCAGAGAAUGGGGCCUGGCUGACAUCCCGUUGACGUACGACCCUCCCCUCCCGAAGCCACAGUCAAUCAUCCCAGAUCCGACCGUGGACAGGAGAAAUAAUCCCCUCUUCCCGCUUUGUGAGUACACUAACCCAGAGGAUCCUCGCAAAUCAUGCUUCAUGCAGAAUCCCGUCAGGGUUACCGAGGGAGGCGAGAUGAUCUUCCACCAACUCCUUCACUUGAAAAAGGUUCCCCACGCUGUCAUCACGGCCGAAGCCAGCUCGCACUCGAUCUUCGACUGGGCCACUGUGGCCUUCAUGAAGCAGGCGGGAUUACAAGUCAGCUGGCUCCGCCUCGAGGAAUUGUGUAUCCGCGGAAAUGGCCGCCUGAUGUUUCUGGAGAAGAACAGCGACGAAAUUGCUCUCGUACUUCAUAAGUGGAUGGCCCGGUUGCCAGCUGUAAAGCAGGGAAUGGUUAUGCCUGCGCCUGCGCCCUCACUUGAAGCCAUACCCAAGCCCGUGCCUGGGCCAAAGUCUGCACCCGCACCCCAUAUGGAUACUUCGGGUCCUUCGAGCACCCCUGUGGUUCAGCCUCAGGGCAUGGAGGCCCAGCAUCAGAUCGAAGCAGGGUGGCAGUUCGUUUAA